UCUUCCUCCUUAUAAUAACAGAAGUUGCAGAGCUCGAAACCUCCAAGAGAUAUGGAGGAAGCCCUUCUAUCAACAAUGAAGAAGGGUAUCUCUCUUUCUCUCUCUUACCCACAAUCACUUACUGAUUCAGCUACUAAGUUUCUUCUUCAACCCUUAUUCCUAAAAGGGCUUUCAGGUUCUUUACACCUGUUUUUGUUCUUUCCCCUGAUUCUCAUUUGGUUAUCCAAAAAACUCACUCGAUCUCAUUCUAAUGGUGAAACGCCAAAGCUUAAGAGAUAUUCCUCGUCUUUUAAGCUUACAUGGGUUUUCUCCUUGGGGCUUUCUUUCUUUUAUCUUGCUGUUUGUUUGUUCAAUUACUUCUACUGGUAUAGAAGUGGCUGGUCGGAACUAAUGACAGUCACUUUUAUCGAACUCAUGGUUAGAUCUUUCACUUGGUUGGCACUCUCUGUUUAUCUCAAGAACAAUUUCUCUAAUUCUUCCAUCCUUUUGAGAGUUUGGUUAGGAUUCUAUGUCUUAAUCUCGUUCUAUUCCAUUUACGCUGACUUUGUUGUUCAGAAAUCAUUAACAAUCCAAUACUUCAUAACUGAUAUUGUUUCUGCCAUCUCUGGAUUAGUCCUCUGUUUUCUAUCGUUUUGGUGGAAGAAUCAAAAUGAUGAAAACUCUAUUGAAGAACCCCUUUUGAAUGGGACCAAAUCUAAGGAGGAGGAGGAGGAGGUGAUUCAAAUCAUUUCCCCUCUUUUAAAUGCUAAUCUCUUGAGUGUUCUUACUUUCUCUUGGGUUGGUUCUUUGAUUGCUGUUGGUAAUAAGAAACCAUUGGAUUUAGAGGAUGUUCCUCAACUCACUACCACUGACAGUGUUAAAGGUGCUUUUCCAACUUUUAAAACUAGGUUGGAAUCCGUCUCUAAUAGUGGAAAUGGGAUGAUAACCACAAUAAUGCUUAUCAAAGCUUUAGUAUCAUCAAUCUCGUGGGAAAUCAUCUUGACAGCUUUCUUGGCUACUGUAUACACUUUGUCUUCUUAUGUCGGACCUUAUCUGAUUGAUUCCCUUGUUCAAUACCUUAACGGCCGUCGUUUGUUUAAGAACGAGGGGUAUGUUUUGUUGUCGGCAUUUGUUAUAGCCAAGAUCAUUGAAUGCUUGUCUCAGAGGCAUUGGUUCUUUAGGUUGCAGCAGGCUGGUAUUAGAGCCAGGUCGGUUCUGAUUGCCAAGAUUUACCAAAAGGGUUUGACCCUCUCGUGCCAGUCCAAACAAGGUCAUACAUCCGGGGAGAUCAUCAAUUUCAUGUCGGUUGAUGCUGAGAGGGUCGGGAACUUUGUUUGGUAUAUGCAUGAUCCGUGGUUGGUUGUUCUUCAAGUCUCGUUGGCCUUAGGUAUCUUGUAUAAGAACCUUGGUUUGGCUUCGGUGGCUGCAUUGGUCGCCACGAUAUUUGUCAUGCUUGCGAAUGUUCCAUUGGGGAAGUUGGAGGAGAGGUAUCAAGAUCGAUUAAUGAAAGCUAAAGACAAGAGGAUGAAGUCGACUUCGGAAAUCUUGAGGAACAUGAGGAUUCUCAAGCUUCAAGGCUGGGAAAUGAAGUUUCUAUCGAAAGUGAAGGAACUCAGGGCGGAAGAGAGCGGGUGGUUGAGAUGGUUCUUGUAUACGCAUGCUGUGGUUAGCUUCCUCUUUUGGGGGGCUCCUACUUUCGUCUCUGUUGUUACUUUCGCGGCUUGCAUGGUUAUGGGUAUUCCUCUCGAAUCGGGGAAGAUACUCUCUGCUCUAGCCACGUUCAGGAUUCUUCAGGAGCCAAUCUAUAAUCUUCCGGACACGAUCUCCAUGAUAAUUCAAACCAAGGUUUCUCUCGAUCGAGUGGCUGCGUUUCUUCGCCUCGACGAUCUCCAAUCCGACGUCAUAACCAAGAUCCCAAGAGGGAGUUCGGAGGUUGUGAUCGAGGCAGUGAACGCUAACUUCUCGUGGGAUGGUUCUUCUUCCACGUCUAGUCCCACUUUGAAAGAUUUAAACUUUUCCAUUUCACGUGGAAUGAGGGUAGCUGUUUGUGGCACGGUUGGGUCGGGGAAGUCGAGCUUACUGUCGUGUGUGUUGGGUGAGAUGCGUAAAAUCUCGGGGAGUGUUAGUUUAAGUGGAACGAAAGCUUAUGUUGCUCAAUCACCUUGGAUACAGAGUGGAAAGAUUGAAGAGAAUAUUCUCUUCGGAAACGCAAUGAACCGAGAAUGGUAUGAUCGUGUUCUCGAUUCCUGCUCGUUGAAGAAGGACAUGGAAAUUCUAGCUUUUGGUGAUCAGACGGUUAUAGGCGAGAGGGGAAUCAAUUUAAGCGGAGGGCAGAAACAGAGGAUACAAAUCGCUAGAGCUUUGUAUCAAAACGCUGAUAUUUAUCUGUUUGAUGAUCCGUUUAGUGCUGUGGACGCUCAUACUGGGAGUCAUCUAUUCAAGGAAUGCAUAUUGGGAAUGUUGGGUUCCAAAACCGUAAUCUAUGUUACCCAUCAAGUCGAGUUUUUACCAGCUGCUGAUCUCAUCCUGGUCAUGAAAGAUGGAAGGAUCACACAAGCUGGAAAGUACGUCGACAUUCUCAAACCGGGCACUGACUUUAUGGAACUUGUGGGUGCACACGAAGAAGCAAUGUUAGCACUGGAUUCUAUGGGUUCAGGUUCGAACAUUGUGGAGGAAAGUAGCAGCAGUAGCUCUAAGAAUAUUGAGAAGAAAGAAGAAGAGGGUCAAAAUGGGAAAACCGAGGAUUCGAGUGGACAAAGACAAAUCGUUCAGGAUGAAGAACGGGAGAAGGGGAAAGUCGGGUUCUCAGUGUAUUGGAAAUACAUAACGACUGCUUAUGGAGGCAUUCUGGUUCCUUUUAUAUUGCUUGCGCAAAUUAUGUUUCAGACGCUACAAAUCGGUAGCAAUUAUUGGAUGGCUUGGGCAACUCCAGUCUCGGAAGAUGUGGCUCCUCCGGUUGAUGGGUCUAGGUUGAUUCUCGUCUAUGUAGUUUUGGCCUUUGGAAGUUCUUUCUGUGUCCUUUUCAGAUCGAUGUUUCUUGCGACGGCUGCUUUCAAGACCGCAACCAUUAUGUUUAAUAAGAUGCAUUAUAGCAUUUUCCGGGCUCCCAUGUCUUUCUUCGACUCCACUCCUAGUGGAAGGAUCUUGAAUCGAGCGUCUACAGAUCAAAGUGCUGUAGACUUGAACAUCCAAUACCAAGUUGGUGCGUUUGCAUUCUCGAUAGUUCAGCUACUUGGAAUUAUCGGGGUUAUGUCACAGGUCUCUUGGCAGGUCUUCAUUCUUUUCAUUCCUGGGAUUGGAACCUGCAUUUGGUUACAACAAUAUUACAUACCGUCUGCUAGAGAACUGGCGAGGCUGGCUGGAGUAGCUAAAGCUCCGGUUAUCCAGCUUUUCGCUGAAACCAUUUCGGGUUCAACUACUAUCAGGAGCUUUGAUCAGGAAACCAGGUUUCAAGAGAUGAGUAUGGAAUUGAUUGAUGGAAGCUCUCGUCCAAAGUUUUACACAGCUGCUGCUAUGGAAUGGCUGUGUUUCCGGUUGGAUAUGGUGUCGUCUCUUUUGUUCGCUUUCUCUUUGGUGUUCUUGAUGGUUAUCCCAGAGGGAACUAUUAGUCCAAGCGUUGCUGGCUUGGCAGUGACUUACGGUCUCAACCUGAACAUGUUACAAGCUUGGGUCAUUUGGAACCUUUGCUCAAUGGAGAACCAGAUAAUCUCAGUUGAGAGGAUACUUCAAUACACUACCAUUCCUAGCGAGCCGCCUCUAGUGAUCGAAGAAAGUAAACCAAACCAGCAAUGGCCGUCAGAAGGAGAAGUCGAAAUCCGUGAUCUUCAGGUUCGAUACGCCCCGCACAUGCCAUUCGUGUUACGAGGCCUCACAUGCGUCUUCUAUGGUGGAAAGAGAACCGGGAUUGUUGGGAGGACGGGAAGUGGGAAAUCUACUCUUAUACAGACGCUAUUCCGAAUUGUUGAUCCUACUGGAGGUAAGAUCACGAUAGAUGGUGUUGACAUAUGCUCGAUAGGACUGCAUGAUCUUCGGUUGAGAUUGAGUAUUAUACCACAAGAGCCAACCAUGUUCGAGGGGACUGUUCGAAGCAACCUCGACCCGCUCGAGGAAUACUCAGACGAACAGAUUUGGGAGGCCUUGGAUAAAUGUCAGCUAGGAGACGAAGUAAGGAAGAAGGAUAAAAAGCUCGACUCCACAGUGAGUGAGAACGGAGAGAACUGGAGCAUGGGUCAGAGGCAACUGGUCUGUUUGGGUAGAGUUCUCCUGAAGAAAAGCAAGGUUUUGGUUCUUGAUGAAGCCACAGCAUCUGUCGACACAGCUACUGAUAAUUUGAUUCAGAAAACCCUUAAAGAGCACUUCUCGGAUUGCACGGUUUUGACCAUUGCUCACCGGAUAACAUCGGUGCUAGACAGCGACAUGGUUCUAGUACUAGAUCACGGGAUGAUCGAGGAAUAUGAAUCCCCGACCAAAUUACUUGAGAAUAAGUUGUCUUCAUUUGCAAGACUUGUUGCAGAGUACAGUUUGAGAUCUAAUGCUACUGCUGGCUCUGAAGAUCUUACCACGUCGAGUAUUAUAUGAAUAAGGAUCUUGAAAUGGUGAUUGUUACGAUGAUGAUGAUGAAAACCAACCAGCCCGAUUGUUUUGGAUUGUACUCUCAGUGGGGCUGUCUAAUAUCUAAAUAAACAAGAUCGCAAUUAGUAUUA